UUCAGUGAUUUCCAGCUUCCAGGGACCCUGCAUUCAUUAUAUCUGGUCUCCCCGGACCCUGCAUUCAUUAUAUCUGGUCUCCCCGGACCCUGCAUUCAUUAUAUCUGGUCUCCCCGGACCCCGCAUUCACUAUAUCUGGUCUCCCCGGGCCCUGCAUUCACUAUAUCUGGUCUCCCCGGACCCUGCAUUCACUAUAUCUGGUCUCCCCGGACCCUGGAUUCACUAUAUCUGGUCUCCCAGGACCCUGCAUUCACUAUAUCUGGUCUCUCCCGGACCCUG